AUGGGGAAAAGCUGCUCUGUCAGCAAGGUGUGCAUUCUGUUCGUGGUCUUAGCCCUCGUCUCCGUGGCAACCAUUGUCACGUUGUGGACUAUUGCCCUGACAGGAGGAGACGAUGCUGUUGUCACAGCCCCUUGGGACUGCUAUCGUCUCCCCACUGAUUUGGUCCCUGAAGACUACACCAUCACCUUGUGGCCUCGACUCAGCCGCGACCUAAACACUGGCCUCUACAUUUUUACAGGUCAGUCCACUCUGAAGUUUGAGUGUGUGAAUGAAACUGAUCUGAUCCUGAUCCACUCCAACAAGCUCAACUACACUAAACUGAACAACACGCACAUCGCCAGGCUCAUCUCUUCAGGUGGUGGAUCUGCUCCCAGUAUUAAGUCCUCCUGGCUGCAGCCACAGACCCAGUAUCUGAUAAUCCAGCUGGAUAGCACAUUAACUCCAGGACAAAAGUAUGAGCUGUACACUGAAUUCACUGGAGAACUAGCCGAUGACUUAGCAGGCUUUUACAGGAGUGAAUAUAAAGAAGAUGGAGUCCACAAGAUUGUUGCUACCUCUCAGAUGCAUCCAACCCAUGCCAGGAAGACCUUCCCUUGUUUCGAUGAGCCAGCUAUGAAAGCUGUUUUCUACAUAACUCUCAUCCACCCCCCUGGAACUGUAGCCCUGUCCAAUGGCAUGGAAAGAGGUAUCGUUAACACCAGCAUUGACGGAAUAGCUGUGACACAGACCACGUUCGAGCCCACCAAGAAGAUGUCCACCUAUUUACUGGCCAUCGUCGUCUCUGACUACACACACGUCAACGCGACACAAGGAGACACUCUGAUCCGUAUCUGGGCUCGCAGGGCGGCCAUUGACCAGGGACAAGGAAACUAUGCCCUCAAUGUGACUGGACCCGUGCUGGACUUCUUCCAGCUGUACUAUAACAUCUCCUACCCUCUGAGCAAGUCAGAUCAAAUCGCUCUGCCGGACUUCUAUUUUGGUGCGAUGGAGAACUGGGGCUUGGUGACGUACAGAGAAACCAACCUUCUCUAUGACCCCGUGUCCUCCUCCAACAGAAACAGAGAGACCACCGCCACCAUCAUUGCUCAUGAACUAGCACACAUGUGGUUUGGAAACCUGGUGACCCUGCAGUGGUGGAAUGAGGUCUGGCUGAACGAGGGCUUUGCCUCAUAUGUGGCUUACCUGGGAGCAGACCACGCUGAGCCUGCGUGGAACGUGAAAGACUUGAUAGUACUUGACGACGUCCACCGUGUGUUUGCAGUUGAUGCCUUGACCUCCUCUCAUCCUCUGUCUUCUAAAGAAGACAGUAUCAUCCUGCCAGACCAGAUCACUGAGCAGUUUGAUACCAUAUCAUACAGCAAGGGUGCAGCAGUGCUGAGGAUGCUGUCUGAUUUCCUCUCAGAGUCGGUCUUCGUCCAGGGACUCAGCAGUUACCUCAAUCACUUUGCCUACAGUAACACCGUAGGGAAUGACUUGUGGGACCAUCUGCAAAUGGCGGUGAAAGCCAAUAAUGUUUCACUUCCUCGCCCAGUGUGUGAAAUCAUGAACCGCUGGGUUCUCCAGAUGGGGUUCCCUGUGGUUCACAUAGAUACCAAAACUGGAAAGAUAUCCCAGAGGCACUUUCUGCUGGAUCCAGAGUCUGAGGUCACAGUCGAGUCACCCUACAACUACGAGUGGCUGAUUCCUAUUGGGUGGAUGAAGUCCGGCGAGGUCCAGGGAGCUGUGUGGUGGCUGAUGGAAAAGGAAGCGGUUAACUUGGAGAUGAAGAGUGAUGGUUGGUGGGUUCUGGCCAACAUUAAUGUAACUGGAUAUUACAGAGUAAACUAUGACGACGAAAACUGGGAACAGCUCCUCGCUCAGCUUAAUUCAGAGCACCAGGUUAUACCAGUGAUUAACAGAGCCCAGCUUGUGGAUGAUGCUUUCAAUCUAGCCAGGGCUCAGCUAGUCUCCACUAUUCUCGCUCUAAGGACAACCUCCUAUCUGUCUAUGGAGAUGGAGUACAUGCCCUGGCAGUCUGCACUGGAUAAUCUGCACUAUUAUGAUCUAAUGCUGGACCGUACUGAAGUCUAUCAGCCUAUGCAGGACUACCUAAAGAAGCUGGUAACUCCCCUCUUCCGGUACUUCAAAGACAUGACAUCAAACUGGACCCAAGUUCCUGACAGGCACACUGACCAGUAUAACCAGGUAAAUGCCAUCCGUAUGGCCUGCAGGACGGGUGUAACAGAAUGCCAGAACCUGACCAACACAUGGUUCAAACAGUGGAUGGACAGGCCUCAACACAAUCUGAUCAAUCCCAACCUGCGUUCAGCAGUGUACUGCAGUGCCAUAGCAGCAGGUGAUGAGACGGAGUGGGAGUUUGGCUGGUCACAGUUCAAGAAGGCUACAAUUGCCAGUGAGGCCAGCAAACUCAUGUCCGCACUGGCCUGUACCAACAACACAAAGCUGCUGGAACGGUAUCUGUCUUACACCUUAAACUCAACUCUGAUCCGCAAGCAGGACGCCACCUCUGUCAUCACGUCUGUGGCCAGCAACAGAGUGGGUCAGGAUCUGGCGUGGGACUUUGUCAGGGAACAGUGGGAGUACAUGUUCACACAGUACGGUGUGGGCUCUUUCUCCUUUGCCUCUCUGAUCAGUGGAGUCACCGCAAGGUUCUCCACACCUGCAGAACUACAACAGCUGGAGCAGUUUGUGGAGCAGCACAGCGCGGCAGGGUUUGGCACCGCCACGCUGGCUGUGGAGCAGGCCCUGGAGAGGACCAGAGCUAACAUCAACUGGCUGCAGCAGAACAAGCAGGAGAUCCUGGACUGGUUCAACAGUCAGACCGAUCAGAAACGCUGA